CCUUGAAGACUCACUUGUCCCUUGUCAUUCCUUCUAUUCGGUACCACCUUCGAUGAAGGGAGUAGCACUUCCUUCGGGCCCAUGACCAUCAAAAUGGCCGAAGACGUCGGUGUAAUGCUUCAGAAGGGCUUGGCUGAAUGGUGGAGCGAAGAAACGGAGUACAUUUUCCAAAGGAUAGAAAGAUGGGCAGCAUAUGCCAAAGGCUACAAUCGUCUGAGGUCCCAGAGAUUGUCCAGAGGAAGAAUGACCAUGCAAGGUGGACAAGAACCUCGCUGGAGUAUUUCCUCCAACAAACUCAUCAUCGAUGACUCUUCGUGGAGUCCUCGUUUUCACACUCUGAAGAAGUCACGACGAAAGUCUCGACCCGAAGAAACCAAAAUCAACUGCUGUGGCACGUUUAAUUACCAAUCCAAUAGUAACUUGGACAGUACCUGUCUGGAGACCUACAGGUAUGAUCACAGUAUUUACUUCAAGACAAUUGGAGACAUUAAAAAUAGUAAAAAAGAGGCUGAAGAAGUUAAAAAUGAAGAGGACAGGAUUUCCAUCAGCAGUGAGGAGCUGGUGGAGUGGGACGUCAACGCAGUGUCUGAUUUCAUCGCCAAUCAGAUUCUAGAGGAUGGCUUUCAGAACGUUUUGGACGCUAUGGACAAUUCUGACCCGGGCACCGACGAAAUUGGUUCUGUCACUUGGUUCAAUAUUGAUUUAUCCAAACUAGAUUUGAACGAAGAGACAACUACUGUUUCAGUUGUUGAUGAACAGAAUAAUCAAAGUAAUAUGAAAAUGAAAUUUGAUAUUGAAAAUGAAGAAAAUAAUAACAAUCAUGUUAUGGAUGAGAACUUGAAGAACCAAACGCAGUUUGUGGUAGAAGAUGAAGAAGAUAUUGAGAGAUUUAUUGAUAUUAGAAGAACGGAGCAAAUUCCGAUUACAGAUGAUCGAGUGUUCGAUUGAAUUGUUUUAGCUUUUUUGAAAAAUAUGUGCUACGUUUCGUUAACCUUCUUCAAGGUCAGAUGUGUAUAAAUAUUUGUUUGUUUUAUUAUAUUUUGUUAGAUCGGAUAUCAAGAUACUUGCUACGUACGCCUACCGUAGAUUUACGCUCUGUGAGACGGACCGUAAGUCCUGACGACGUAAAUCUACCCUCUUAGAUAAAAGAACCCAAAGUGGACUUCGAAAAAUUGUCCCGGGCUCUAUGUGUUAUGGUUCUUGAUACAAAAUGACGGAGUUGCCUGGCGAGAGAAAAUAAGAAAAAUGUAUUUUUAUUAAAAAAGGAAAUAUAAAAUGGGUAUGAAACUAAA